AUGGCUGAAAAAGAUCUCGGAAAGGCCGAGCAGGCCAUUGCCGCCAAUCAUCACACUGAGCAGGCCGAUCCUGCGUACCGCAACUCCAUCGAGACCGACUCCACCCGUGCUGAAGGACAGAACAAGGCGCAGAACGUUGGUGUUUCCGUUGAGCAGGCCGAGGCUGACUUUGCCGAGCUUCAGCGUGAAUUCACUGGUGUUUCGCGCGCUAGUCGCAGGAAGAGCAGAGCUAGCGUUGCUGAUCCUGAGAAGAAUGCUACUACUGCUGAUGAGGCCGAGGUUGAGUCCCUCUUUGAUCUAGAGGCGGCUCUUCGCGGUGGCCUUGAUCGUGAGAAGGAGGCGGGUAUCAAGUCUAAGCAUAUUGGUGUUUACUGGGAUGAUUUGACUGUCAAGGGGUUUGGUGGCAUGUCCAACUUUGUGCCUACUUUCCCUGAUGCUUUUGUUGGAUUCUUCGAUGUUGUCUCCCCCGUCAUCAACAUGCUCGGUCUCGGACCUAAGCCUCCCCAGGUUGCACUCCUUGAUAAGUUCAGGGGUGUGUGUAAGCCUGGUGAGAUGGUUCUCGUUUUGGGAAAGCCUGGUUCUGGAUGUACGACUUUCCUCAAGACCAUCGCCAACCAGACAUAUGGCUACACCGCGGUGGAGGGUGAGGUUCGCUACGGACCAUGGUCCAACACCGACUUCUCAAAAUCCUACAGGGGCGAAGCAAUGUACAAUGCCGAAGACGAUCUCCAUCAUCCUACUCUCACGGUUGAGCAGACCCUCGGUUUUGCGAUUGAUACCAAGAUGCCCAAGAAGCGACCUGGAAACAUGUCCAAGGAGGAAUUCAAGGAGAGCAUCAUUAGCAUGCUUCUCAAGAUGUUCAACAUCGAGCACACACGCCACACCAUCGUCGGAGACCACUUCGUUCGUGGUGUGUCUGGUGGAGAGAGAAAGCGAGUCAGUAUUGCGGAGGGUAUGAUCACCAACGCUGCCGUCCUGUCAUGGGAUAACAGUACCCGUGGUCUUGACGCUAGUACCGCCCUGGAUUUUGCCAAGUCUCUCCGUAUUCAGACCAACCUGUACAAGACGACUACUUUCGUCUCGUUGUACCAGGCUUCCGAGAACAUUUACAACCUUUUCGAUAAGGUCUUGGUUAUCGAUGGUGGAAAGCAGGUCUACUUCGGCCCUGCUGCUUCGGCUCGCAGCUACUUCGAGGGUCUUGGUUUCGCUCCUCGUCCUCGUCAGACCAGUGCUGAUUACCUGACCGGUUGUACCGAUGAUUGGGAGAGGGAGUAUGCUCCUGGUCGAUCUGAGGAGAAUGCUCCUCACAACCCUGAGACUUUGGCCGAGGCUUUCAAGAAGUCUGAUGCGUACAAGUCUCUUGAUGCUGAGAUGGCUGAGUACAAGGCUUCUCUCGAGCACGAGACCGAGACACACAACGACUUCCAAAUCGCCGUCAAGGAGAGCAAGCGUGGUACUUCCAAGCGCUCCGUCUACUCCACCGGCUUCCACAUCCAAGUCUGGUCCCUGAUGAAGCGUCAGUUCACUCUUAAGCUUCAGGAUCGCUUCAACCUCUUCUUCGGUUGGUUCCGCAGCAUCGUCAUCGCCAUCGUUCUCGGAACCCUGUAUCUCGACCUCGGCAAGACUUCCGCCAGCGCCUUCUCCAAGGGAGGUCUUCUCUUCAUCGCACUCCUUUUCAACGCCUUCCAAGCUUUCUCCGAGCUAGGAGGUACCAUGACAGGUCGUUCCAUCGUCAACAAGCACAAGGCCUAUGCCUUCCACAGACCGUCAGCUUUGUGGAUUGCGCAGAUCUUUGUCGAUCAGGUAUUCGCUGCUAGUCAGAUUCUGCUGUUCUGCAUUAUCGUGUACUUUAUGACCAACCUUGUUCGCGACGCUGGUGCUUUCUUCACUUUCUUCUUGAUGAUUCUGAGCGGUAAUAUUGGAAUGACUUUGUUCUUCCGUAUUAUUGGUUGUGUUUCGCCUGAUUUUGAUUACGCAAUCAAGUUUGCUGUUAUUGUCAUCACUCUCUUCGUUGUCACAUCAGGUUAUAUCAUCCAGUAUGCUCAGGAACAAGUCUGGCUCCGAUGGAUCUUCUGGAUCAACAUCCUCGGUCUCAGCUUCAGUUCCAUGAUGAUGAACGAGUUCCAGAGAAUCGACAUGGAGUGUACAGCCGACAGCUUGAUUCCUUCUGGUCCCGAGUACACCAACAUCGACUACCAAGUCUGCACUCUCGCCGGCUCCAAGGCCGGAACCACCCUCGUCUCCGGUACCGACUACGUCGCCCAGGGCUUCUCCUACUACCCCGGUGAUCUCUGGCGAAACUGGGGCAUCGUCCUCGCUCUUAUCAUCUUCUUUCUCUUCCUCAACGUCGCUCUCGGUGAACUCGUCAACUUCGGCAUGGGCGGUAACGCUGCUACCAUCUUCGCCAAGCCUAACAAGGAGCGCAAGGCUUUGAACGAGAAGCUUACCUCUAAGCGCGAUGCUCGACGCAAGGAUAGGUCUAACGAGGAGGGUUCUGAGAUCAACAUCAAGUCUGAGAGUGUCCUUACCUGGGAGAACCUCAACUACGAUGUUCCCGUUCCUGGUGGCACCCGUCGUCUUUUGAACAAUGUCUUUGGUUACGUUCGUCCUGGUGAGCUUACUGCUCUUAUGGGUGCCUCCGGCGCUGGAAAGACUACUCUUCUCGACGUCCUCGCUGCCCGUAAGAACAUUGGUGUCAUUCACGGUGAUAUUCUCGUCGAUGCUAUUGCCCCUGGCAAGGAGUUCCAACGUUCCACUUCAUAUGCCGAACAGCUUGAUGUCCAUGAGCCUACCCAGACCGUCCGAGAAGCUUUCCGAUUCUCUGCUGAGCUUCGUCAACCCUACCACGUGCCUAUGGAGGAGCGCUACGCCUACGUCGAGGAGAUCAUCUCUCUUCUCGAAAUGGAGUCCAUCGCCGACGCCAUCAUCGGAACCCCUGAAUUCGGUCUUACCGUCGAACAGCGCAAGCGUGUCACAAUUGGUGUCGAGCUCGCCGCUAAGCCCGAACUGAUGCUCUUCCUCGACGAGCCCACCUCCGGUCUCGACAGUCAAAGCGCUUUCAACAUCGUCCGAUUCCUCAAGAAGCUCGCGGCCUCAGGCCAAGCUAUCCUGUGCACAAUCCACCAGCCCAACGCCGCCCUCUUCGAGAACUUCGACCGUCUUCUCCUUCUCCAGCGCGGAGGCCGCACUGUUUACUUUGGCGACAUCGGCAAGGAUGCUCACGUCCUGCGAAGCUAUCUCGAGUCUCACGGCGCGGUUGCUAAGCCUACUGACAACAUCGCCGAGUUCAUGCUUGAGGCUAUUGGUGCUGGCAGUGCUCCUCGUGUUGGAAACCGUGAUUGGGCUGAUAUUUGGGAUGAUAGCGCUGAGUUUAAUGAAGUCAAGGAGACUAUCAUUCGUCUUAAGCGUGAGCGACAGGAUGCUGGUGGUGGCGCUAACAAGUCCGCUGAUCUGGAGCGUGAGUACGCUUCACCUUUCACUCACCAGAUGAAGACUGUCUGCACUCGCAUGUUCCGAUCAUACUGGCGAUCUCCCAAUUAUCUCUUCACCCGUAUCUUCAGUCACGUUGCUGUUGCCCUGAUCACCGGUCUCAUGUAUCUCAACCUCGACAACUCCCGCGCGUCUCUCCAGAACCGAGUUUUCGUCAUUUUCCAGGUCACUGUCCUUCCCGCACUUAUCAUUACACAAGUCGAGGUUAUGUACCACAUCAAGCGAGCUCUGUUCUUCAGAGAGCAGUCUUCCAAGAUGUACUCACCUUUCGUGUUUACCUCAAGUGUCGUCCUGGCUGAGAUGCCCUACUCGAUUCUGUGCGCUGUCGCGUUCUUCCUUCCUCUUUACUUUAUGCCUGGAUUCCAGACUGAGUCGUCUCGAGCUGGUUAUCAGUUCCUGAUGGUUCUGAUCACUGAGAUCUUCGCUGUCACACUCGGCCAGGGUCUUGCAUCUAUCACACCCUCUCCCUACAUUUCUGCGCAAUUUGAUCCCUUCAUCAUCAUCACCUUUGCGUUGUUCUGUGGUGUUACCAUCCCUCCUCCUCAAAUGCCAGGCUUCUGGAGAGCUUGGAUGUACGAGUUAACUCCAUUUACACGCCUUAUUAGCGGCAUGGUAACGACUGCUCUUCAUGGUGUUGAGGUCGUAUGCAAGCAGGGUGAGUUGAACGCGUUCAGCGCACCCCCGAACAUGACCUGCGGCGAGUACAUGGAGCCGUUCUUCGAGCGCGGAGGCUCAGGAUACCUCGUUGCAAACAACACUCAAGACUGUGAAUACUGCGCAUACAAGGUCGGAGACGAGUUCUACGGCACUUUCGAGAUGAAUUUCGACCAUCGUUGGAGAGACCUGGGCAUCUAUGUUUGCUUCAUUGCAAGCAACUUGAUUGUCCUCAUGACAGCGACUCGAUUCCUCAACUUCAACCGCCGUUAA